CUAAACCGAGACAAGUGUCUUGUCACUAAUCACUAUACAGUUUACUAUACUUUAGUGUAUAGUUUGAGAUGUGUUGUGACUCGUGUAUACGUUUCACCAUAUCGCAAUAGAUUCAAGAAUCAAGAUUGUUAUUUCUCGACUUUUCGUCUUCCAGAAAAGAUAUUUAGUAUAUGCAUAUCAUUUAAAUUAAUCAGUUUAAGUUUGCUUCACUAUUAUUUUUAUUGUUUAACUCAACUUUACGAAUAAUGGCCGAAGUCGUAGAUGAUAUAAUUAAAACAUUAAACGAAACAAAUGGUACGGACACGGAGCCUGUUCUCAAAAGGCUACCAGCCACUACUGAAGGUAUGCUGAUUGCAUACACCAGUUUAGUGAUCAUGGCGUUGGUGCCUAUAUUCUUUGGGUCAUUCCGAUCAGUUGAAUUGCAGAUCAAAAAUAAAUUGAAAAAAGAAGUACCAGAGUCUAUGACAGAAAAAGAUGCUAUGAUGUUUCCAUUGAUUGCUAGUGGAGCUCUAUUUACACUCUACAUAAUUUUUAGGGUAUUUUCUAAGGAACACAUAAAUCUAUUAGUAACUCUAUAUUUCUAUGUACUUGGAGUGGCAGCUUUAAGUAAUCUUAUAGGUAAGAAAUUCAGCGCCAUAUUACCAAAAAGUGUACCUAACACUAAAUUCCAAUUGGAGUUUACUGAAGACUCGGGUGAAAAUAAAACUGAUUGGAUUAAUGUAAAAUUUACAUUACAUGAAGUAUUAUGUUUGUUUUUGUGCGCAGCAUUAGGAACAUUUUAUUUAUAUAGCAAGCAUUGGAUCGCAAACAAUAUAUUUGGAUUGGCAUUUGCUAUAAAUGGAAUAGAAUUAUUACACCUCAACACCAUUAAAAUUGGAUGUAUCCUCUUAUGUGGUUUAUUUGUCUAUGAUAUAUUUUGGGUGUUUGGUACAAAUGUUAUGGUUACUGUAGCUAAAUCUUUUGAUGCUCCUAUCAAACUUGUAUUUCCUCAAGAUUUAUUAGAAAAUGGUGUUUUGGCUGCUAAAAAUUUUGCUAUGUUGGGCUUAGGCGAUAUUGUUAUCCCAGGAAUAUUUAUUGCAUUCAUGUUAAGAUUUGAUCAGAGCUUAAAACGUAAGACAAAUACAUAUUUCAACGCGACAUUUUUGGCCUAUAUUUUGGGAUUACUUACCACUGUAUUUGUUAUGCACGUCUUUAAAGCAGCUCAGCCAGCUUUAUUAUACUUGGUACCUGCGUGUUUAAUUACUCCUAUGUUGGUAGCUUUAGUACGUGGCGAUUUUAAAACCUUAUUCAGCUAUGAAGAUCAUAAAAUGGAACCAGAAAAGACUUCCAAAAAAUCGAAAUAAACUAAGUGUGUAUUUUAUUAUUUUUAUGUUUUUUAUUUUUAUUUUUUUGAAAGAGUAAUAACUUCAAUACAUGACACUUAAAAACAAAUUUUAUAAGAUCAUUUUUCAUUAUUAAUUACCUGACAGUUCAAA